UUAUUACUGUCACUAGACUCACUACUACCUACCUAGGUAACAUACGUAAUACCCGUUACCCGUACUUCCUAUCAUUAGGGUUGUAUUAUAUUAACUCUAUUAUUAUUCUGCUUCUUUCUUUGCUUAUCCUCAUCUUCUUUUUUGAUGUCUCCUCAUAACCCAAAUAACGUACGGCUUUCCAGCAUUCCUGCUCGCCUCAAACCAUCGCCGCACUAUUCCAAGGCAGAACCAUCACCUUUGUCAGCUAGUUCUUACGGAUCUAGUAUCGAGGAUUAUAUCGGAAGCGGAACUGACACCGUAGGAGGUAGAACCCCAAUCUUCGAUAGGCGGCUUUCUUUCGUUCAGGAGGACGACGAGGGUUCUGGACUUGACCAACUUCGCAGCCCGGGUAGAUUUGAUAUCAUUGAUUCUGAAUACGACUCAGACGACGACGAGAACGCAAUGCCUGACCCAAAGAGACCAGCGUUCUUUCGUCCGACUGACGGUCGUUCCGUCACACCGCUCCUAAAGAAAUCCGACGACGAAGACCGUGGAAGAUCACGAUAUAACACCUCGCGGCCGACUUCGCCUCUACCUUUGCCUAUCUCUACUCCAACUUCCAUUGGUAGGCCUCCCACAUACAACCGUCGGUCCGCAUUACGGUCCCAGUCGCCAGACACGCAAGCAAAGAUGGCCGUGCGCAAAAAGUACACGUAUGCUGCCAUAUUUCUUGUUGUAUCGCUAGUGUCUUUUUGCGUCCAGACAGAAUUAGGUCGAUAUGUACAGCACGAGCUUGGUUGGGAUAAGGCUUACUGCAUGCUUUAUCUAACACACGGAUCGUGGGCGCUUCUGUGGCCUGCCCAACUUUUGAUCUUGCGCGUCCAGAAAUGGAACAUGCCUUGGUCGGCUUUCUGGAGGAGACACGUUUUCCUGCUCCGCUCCACCGCGCAUAUGGUCGCCCGGCAAGAGCUUGACAUCCCGCGACCUAUCAUGCAAAGAAGCCCCGUGCCCUAUCUUGUUCGUACGACGGCCUUCGUUACUACUGCUCUUACCAUCGCCGGUUUGAGCUGGUACGUCGCCGUCAGCAUGACCACUGCGAGUGACCUCACUGCUAUCUAUAACUGCUCUGCUUUCUUCGCCUACGCCUUUAGUGUGCCCUUGCUCAAAGAGAAGCUACGUCUCGAUAAAUCAAUUGCCGUCCUGGUAGCCAUCGCUGGUGUCUUAGUCGUAGCAUACGGAGACUCAAGCGAUCCAGGGCCCGACAGAGAUGUUGAUACCGAGUCCAGUAGGCGAUUUCUAGGUAACCUAAUCAUUGGCGCCGGGAGUGUCCUGUAUGGACUCUACGAGGUGCUGUAUAAGCGAUGGGCGUGUCCGCCUGAAGGCACCUCAGCCAUACGCGGCAUGAUCUUCGCCAACGCCUUUGGUAGCUGCAUCGGCGCCUUCACUCUCCUAGUUCUUUGGGUUCCGCUUCCAAUCCUGCAUGUCCUAGGUUGGGAAACGUUCGAAUUACCUACGGGACAGGCGGCAUUCUACCUCUUUAUAUCGAUUAUCAUGAAUGCGACGUUCGCAGGAAGUUUCUUAGUCUUAAUCUCGCUGACGAGCCCGGUGCUGAGCAGUGUGGCGGCGCUAUUAACCAUCUUCAUCGUAGCCGUCGCCGACUGGCUAGUCAUGGGGCAAUCGCUGAGUGGCUCAGCCAUCGGUGGUGGGUGCAUGAUUGUUGUCGCGUUCUUGAUGCUAAGCUGGAGCACGUGGCGCGAAAUGACACACGAUGCCGAGCGCAAAGCUUCUGUUGAUACCACAGCACCCGUGGACUGGAGUAGCGAUGAUAGUGACAAGGAUACAGAUCGGUUAGAUUAGACUACCAAACUUCGUCGUUGGUAUUCUAUGCGAUUUCUGUUUCUCUGUCUCUGUCUUAUCAUUCUUUCACAAAUCUCUUUUCAUAUUUUCUAUUGUGUAAUGGGCUAUAUGUACCAUGUGUAUCAGCAUCGGCCUUGCAUGGGUUUCCAAUUCUAUUAGAGCGGUAUUAGACGCUGGGAAGAGGGACUGGUUACAUCUUACAUGCUUGGUCAUUAAGGAAGGUGUAAUAGAAACGCGGCGGCGUGAAUGGCGGCUGGUUGGGGAAAGAUCAUGUAUAGGGGGGUUUCAAAGUUACGGAUCUUCACUUCACGCUUAGUUGUUGCUAAGAUCAACGAAACGCCACGGCGUUAAUAAGGAAGGGGGCGCUUCAGGUUCUGGUCUGAUCUAGGUACGGAAGGGUACGACUAUAUGUCUAUAACCUACCUGGGUA